AGCGGAUCAGAUCAGGGGGAUGUGUGUGUGUGUGUAUCCGACCUGAAGAGGCGCUGCGAGAGAUCACAGGCGAAUACAGAUACAUAGGACAGAGAGCAGGACCGGGCGCUUCAGCGGAGUUUAGUAGAUGAUCCGCGGCGUGUGAAGGCCAUUAUGCGUUCGCUGCGUGAUCUGGGAUGGAGGUGCCGCUAAUGGUGGGGAGGGGAGCCGGAGGAACCGCGAGCUUCGCCCUCAUCAUCGUCGUCGUCCUCCUCUUCUCGAGCAGGGGCUCCCGGGCUCAGAAAGGCGAUGGCUGUGGGCACACGGUGCUCGGCGCAGGAAGCGGCAGCCUGGCGUCUCUGGGCUAUCCUCUCUUUUACCCCGGACACUCCGUGUGUGAGUGGGAGAUUAGCGGGAGCACCGGACACACACUCCUCCUGCGCGUGGCAGACCUCGACAUCGAUACACACAACUGCCAGGUGUCCUACCUCCGGCUGUUCGAUGGUAUCGGAGCGGGCAGGACAGAGAUAGUGAAGUUCUGUCAUGGAGAUGUGAGCGGUCCGAAGGAGGUGACGUCAUCUGGCCAUCAGGUCACGGUGCAGUUUAUGAGCGGCCCACACAGCCUCGGGCGCGGCUUCUUCCUCUCCUACGCCAGCAGCCGGCAGCCAGAUCUGAUCUCCUGCUUGGAGAAAGGAAAUGACUUUACGGAAGCCGAGUUCAGUAAGUUCUGUCCUGCCGGGUGUCUGACCGACUUUGGCGAGGUGUCUGGGACCAUACCCCAUGGCUACAGAGAUUCCUCGUCGCUGUGUCUGGCUGGUAUCCAUGCCGGCGUGGUGUCGAACACGCUCGGAGGCCGUGUCAGUGUAGUGAGCAGUACAGGCAUCCCGCACUAUGAUAGCACGUUGGCCAACAAUGUCACCUCUGUAGGAGGGAACCUCUCCCCCAGUCUCUUCACCUUCAGAACCAGCGGCUGCUACGGUACGCUGGGCCUGGAGUCAGGGGUGAUCAGUGAUUCUCAGAUCUCAGUCUUCUCCAUGUGGGAGUGGGGUCGUCAUGGCGAUAAGCCUUCGGUCUGGGCGCCUUCAGGGGCGCGGCUUAAAAAGCCCGGGCUUCCCUGGGCAGCCGCCAACAGCGACACAAAACAGUGGAUACAGGUGGACCUGAAGAAAGAUAAACGGGUGACAGGAAUCAUCACCACUGGCUCCGCAUUACCCGAUUACCAGUUUUAUGUGUCAGCCUAUCGAGUGCACUACAGCAGUGACGGACAGGACUGGACAGCCUAUCAGGAAGCAGGCUUAAAUCAAGACAAGGUUUUCCAAGGGAAUGCCAACUACCUUCAGGAAGUACGGAACAACUUCAUCCCACCUAUUGAAGCACGGUUUAUCAGAGUAAUCCCUGUGCAAUGGCAUCAGAGGAUCGCAUUAAAAAUGGAGCUGCUUGGCUGUCAAGUACCCGCAGCGAGUCCACGAAUGUACAAUCCGGUCCUUCCUCCUCCUCCUCCUCCAAAAAGAAACACCGUUCCUCCACUACAGGAGCAGACGACACACACGCCCAACGUCCGAAACAGCACCGUGCCUCCACACUCUCAUAACGAGGUGGCGUUAGUGGCGGUGUUGCUUCCUGUGCUGGUGGUGGUUCUCACAACUCCAGUGCUGUUGAUCGUGUUUGCGUGGCUGUGGAAGAGCAGGAAAAGUCCCGACGUGACGUAUGACCUUCCACACUGGGACCGCACAGUGUGGUGGAAGAGCAUGAAGCAACUGUUGCCGUCUAAGCUGGAUGCGGAGGAGUGUGUGCGCUACAGCGCUACUGCGCGAGCUGAGCACCAGAGACCACGGGUAGAACCUGCAGAAUAUGCGCAACCUCUGGUAAGCGGUACCAUGGCCUCUCUGGGUCAGAGGUCAACAUUUAAGCCUGAAGAAGGAGCCGACCCUGAGUACGAUGCCCCUUUGACCCCUGAGCAAUAUCACGCCUAUGCCGAACCGCUCCCCGCCUCUGGAACAGAGUAUGCCAUUCCCAUCACCAUCGACAGGGCCAAUCACAUAUCAGGAGGCACUCUGCCUUUCCGAGGGCGGGGAUUAGUAGCCCAGACGGACAGCAGCCAAUCAGGGAGCUCCAUGUACGACACACCUAAAAGCACAUCCGACCAAACCGCGCCUACAGACGGCCAACUAUACCAGGUGCCUCAGAAUUCCCACAGUACGCCGUGCCAGGAAAUAGACUGACCAAACCGAGCUGUGCCGCUCGAGUCCGAAUAAAACUUUGAUUCCAAGACUGACUCUGACAUCAGACUCGGACAAGCCUGCAUGUUUGUGCUUAUGUAGUUUCAGCAUGCCACAGCAGUCCUAUCACUGAAAUAACACCAGGAACGUCUGAGAGAGAUGAGUCAGGCAGGGAGACGGUUACACUACUGUUUUAGGUCGUGUCUAUGUGUGUGUGUGUGUGUGUGUGUGUGUGUGUGAGUGAAUGUUCUCCGAUGUUAAACUGUGAGUACCCUGCACAUUUCCUUUCGUGCCGAGAGGAAUCAGUCCCAAAGUCUUACUCGUAGGGUCUACUUCACGACUUGGUGCAUGCUCAAGGUGGGUUACACUGUUUAUUUUAACCUGUAUCGAAAGUCACAUGAUUAUUUCUCUUGGGUCCUUCUGUGUCAAGUCCAAAAAAAAUAAAAAUAAUAAUAAUAAUAAUAAAGACGCCCUUUUUCCCCGCAUUUGAACCUGGAUAGGUUCCUGCUCGGUGCAUGUUCAGCGUUAAUACCCUAUACGAGUCGAGUAGGCUAUUAGCUAGAAAAACGGUACAUCGGCUUUCUGGAGCGUUCUCGUCACCGUCUACACGAAAGCACGGCUUUUAUUCCGCUCUCACGCCUCAAAAAUCUGUCACUGUGUUUAUUUUUCCUCUUCGUAUUACUUUCCUGCUGAGAUAUGACAGCUAUGUGGAGUGCCAGAACCACUCGCCUGAAAGACCGUGCCUAAGAUCUCCAGCGCGCCGAUAUGGAUGCACUGUUGUCAUGGAUACACUGUUGCCUCGGUUCGCCUCGCCGAACGUGACGCUUCCGUGCCGAACGGCAAAAACAAAACGCCGCCGUGCUUGCCAUUAAGUAAAUACGCCCGGCUCGAGUCUCGGACGCCGAUGCCCAUACCGAUGAACGACGAUGCGCUCUGAAAGCAGUGUCGAGCUCUAACAUUCUUACCGCGAGAACAUCUCAAUCGGCAGAUCUUCUUCACUCGACCUGCACGGUUUUACGGUACUAACGUGUUCAGUUCCGAAUAUUAACCGAAGCGGAAAUCUCCAUCGCUGGGACUUUCCGAGUGUGCGUAUGAGCUGUCUGUUUUAAUAUCCACAAGUUCUGAUGGUUUUGUCUGUCAUGUGCACUGUAUUCAUAAUUGUGUGUGUGUGUGUGUGUGUGUCUGCUAUUCACUGUAAGUGGUUAUUGAAUUAUGGUUCGUACUGUAGAAUGAUUGUAAAGAAUUACUGUAUAGAAAAAUUGCUAAGUAAAGUUUUAAUAAAAAUAUGAUUACA